CUUUCAUUUAUAUCAUAACCACUCGCUAAUUGCAUUAUCACUAGUUAUGUGAUAUUUGCAUCUUUAAUUUGUGUUGAGUGGGACGUUAAUAAAACUGCGGUAAUCUCCAUUAAAUCUGGAAGUACGAUCCUACUUCACAUUCAGUUUAAAAUGAUGAAAAUUUUGUGCAUUGGGAUUAUUUUGGAGCUUUCGUAUUUCUGCUACGGGGAAUCCGGUUACAGUUACCCCAAACCUGAACACGAGAAAAUAGAUAUUUCUAAAUUCGUUUACUAUUUCAAACCACCGCCGGAAGAACCUAAACCCACGGAAGCGGUACCUCUACCUGCACCUUCUAAGAAAAAACUUUAUAGAUAUAUUUUCAUUCAAGCUCCUCGUUUCCCGCAACCAUCGCCGAUCGUACCAGUUCAACCACAAACUGAAGAGAAAACCAUAGUAUACGUAUUAUCAGAAAAGGAAAAACCGCAAAAGAUAUUUUUACCCACGCCGGUACCUCAUAAACAGUUAUCACCAGAAGUUUAUUAUAUUAAUUAUGGUUUGAAAAAGAACGAGGGCGGCCACUACGGACCACCUAAGGUGGAAGAAAAAUCUACUGAAAAACCAUCAACUACCCUGUCUUCAUCGGUUGAAAUAAAAUCAGCUGUUGAAUCCGCAAGCGUACCAUCACCGCCUGGUACUUCUUAUGGAGUACCAAUAUUACCAAGCCCUUCAUAUGGAGUACCUUUUAAUCCCGAUUAUAGACCAAAGGAUAGCAAAUAAAAAAAAAUUUUGUAAUAACUUUUAUUAAGAACUGUAAAUAUACAUUUCCUACAAUAUAUUUUCUCAUAAUUUAUCCAUAAAUGUAUAUAAUAUACACAUAAA